AUGGAUAAUACGGAAUCUCAGCGGCUUCACAGUGCUGGAGAGAACAGCCAUGAACAAGAUCUUGAAAAGGACGACAUCCUCAAGACAAGAAUCUCCAGCCAUCCUCUCUAUGAGCUCCUCCUUCAAGCUCACUUGCAGUGUUUGAAGGUAAGUGAGAUUUCCAACUUGGAGAGAGAGCAGGAGAUAGAUCAGAAGCUAAUAAUGAACAGGCAAAGCUUAGACAUGUACAGUGAGCCAGAGCUUGAUCUCUUCAUGGAAGCAUAUUGCAUGGCAUUGGGGAAGCUGAAAGAAGCAAUGGAGGAACCACAGCAAAAGGUGAUGGCUUUCAUAAACAAGAUGCAUUCACAACUGAAAGAGCUCACUGUUAUUAAUGCCUUGCCAGGUCAUCAACCACCUGCAUCUCCUUCGUCUUCUGCUCAUUGCAAUAUUCUUGAAAACGAUUCUUCAAUUUAGAAUAAUUAAUUAGAGCUUCACUUUCUGAGUGUGCAAGUUAUUAGUGUGUCAGAGUUUCCUAGCUAGCAAGGCUUAUAUUGCUUUAAUUUUUAUUUAAGGCCUCG